GGGCGCGGCUUCCACCCACGCGGCGGGCUGGGCGGAGCUGGAGCGCCUGCGCCUCGGGGCCCGGCAGCGCCCUCGGGCGGGCGAGCUGGACUCGGGGGCGGCGCCGAGGAGCUGAGGGCCCGGCGGUCCGCCCUCGGCUCCAGCCCGGGCACACGGCUGCGCGCAGCCCGGCGUCCUCGCUCCCGGCUGCCCUGGAGGCGGCGCUGCAGCCGCGACCUGGACACCGGACCCCCAGGCCCCUGCAUCCCCGGGACCCGGCCCUCCUCCCCGUCCUCAGACACCUCAGACCCCCGGAUCACGGAUUCCCGGGCCUUCAGACCCCCAGUUUCCCCGGAUCCCUGGAUCCCCGGGCCGCGGGUGCAGGAGCCCGCGCACCUGCUCCGGAAGGCGGCGCCCCGGCUCCGCGCACGGCCGGGACUUGCACGGCCGGGCCCCGACUGCGAGCCCCCCGACUGCAGGGCGCGGCUGGAGCGGCGAGGGAGGAGGCGCCCGUGUCGUGGCAGCCACAUGCUGUUUGGGCUCCAAGGAGAGAUGGCCCCCCAGGAGCUCGGGCGGCGUCUGGCCACGGUGAUCACUCAUGUCGGUGAGAUUAUGCAGCAGGAAAUCAGGCCAUUGGGGGCGGUGGAUAUUAUUGAACAACUCCACAGACAGUUUGCCAUUCUUUCAGGAGGCCGAGGGAAGGAUGGUGCCCCUAUCAUCACUUUUCCAGAAUUUGUAGGAUUCAAACACAUCCCAGAAGAGGACUUCCUGAAUGUCAUGACCUACCUGACCAGCAUCCCCAGUGUGGAGGCUGCCAGCAUUGGAUUCGUGAUUAUCAUUGACAGACGGCGGGACAAAUGGAGCACCAUAAAGGCCUCCUUGACUCGGAUAGCUGUUGCCUUUCCAGGAAACCUGCAGCUCAUAUUUAUCCUUCGCCCCUCUCGAUUUAUCCAAAGGACAUUCACUGACUUCGGUAUCAAAUACUAUCGAGAUGAAUUUAAAAUGAAAGUGCCGAUUGUUAUGUUGAACUCAGUCUCUGACCUUCAUGGCUACAUUGACAAAAGCCAACUGACUGAAGACUUGGGGGGGACUUUGGAAUACCGCCACAGUCGGUGGAUAAAUCACAGAACAGCCAUUGAGAACUUCGCCUUGGCGUUGAAGACCACUGCCCAGAUGCUCCAGACAUUUGGGGUCUGCCUGGCCAGCACAGAGCUGCCCAGAGGUGUGCCAUCCACUGAAGACCUGCUCAUGUCACACACGAAGCAGAGGGACAAGCUGCAGGAGGAACUGAAGUUACUGGGAAGACAAGGCAUCACACUGUUGUCGUGCCUUCAAGAGCCGGCCACGAAAAAUUCCACCAGCAAACUCAACCCUAAUGAACUUGAGAAUGUAGCAACCAUGCAAAGGUUACUAGCCCAGCUGGAUGAAACAGAAAAAGCUUUUAGUCAGUUUUGGUCUCAGCAUCACUUAAAACUGAACCAGUGCCUUCAACUACAGCACUUUGAGCACAGUUUUUGUGAGGUUAAGCUCAUCCUGGACAGUUUGCUGGCAGAGCAGGCAGAGCUGACAGACAUCGGUGAUGGUGUGAUGCACGUAGAACAGCUCCUUAAGGAACAUAAAGCCCUGGAGGAGAAAGGCCAGGAGCCCUUGGAAAAAGCACGGUUACUUGUACUGGUUGGGGACCAGCUCAUCCAAAGCCCCCACUAUGCAGUGGACUCCAUCAGACCCCGUUGUGUGGAGCUCCGGCGCCUCUGUGAUGACUUCAGCAAUGAGAACAAGAAGAGACACACCAUGUUAGCACGGUCCUUGGAGCUGCAUAGACAGCUGGACAAGGUCAGCCAGUGGUGUGAAGCAGGAAUCUACCUCUUGGCUUCCCAAGCUGUAGACAAAUGCCAGUCACGAGAGGGGGUUGACAUUGCCUUGAGUGACAUCGAGCUGUUCCUGAGCACAGCAGAGGACUACCAGCUACCCAACCCCAGGGACUUCUACAACCAGUUUGAGUCGAUCUUCACUGUUGACGUGAAGGCCAAAGCCCAGAAAACCCUGCAGAAGCUGGAUGAUGUGCAGGAGAUAUUUCACAAGAGGCAAAUGAGUCUGAUGAAACUGGCAGCCAGACAGACUCGCCCAGUGCAACCCGUGGCCCCCCAUCCCGAGUCUUCCCCCAAGUGGGUGUCGACGAAAACCAACCAUCUCUCCACCCUGGCUCCUGUUCAGAAGACAUCUGAGGAACUCUAUGUGGAGACCAAUCCGAACUCCCUGGAAAAGGAAGAUGAAGCCAAAUUUGAAGUCAAGAAUGGAGAGCUGCUUGGAAACAGCCCUGAUGGGGAGAACCCUGUGCCUGAGCAUCUGAACAGUCCCGAAAGUCUUUCCCCCAGCAGGCGCAUUAUACGUGACUUGCUUGAGACUGAAGAGAAUUAUAUAAAAGAGAUUAAGAGCAUUAUUGAUGGAUAUAUCACACCAAUGGAUUUUGUUUGGUUGAAGCAUCUGAUUCCAGAUGUUCUUCAGAAUAACAAGGAUGUUCUCUUUGGAAAUAUUAAAGAACUCUAUGAGUUUCACAGCAGGACUUUUCUAAAAGAAUUGGAAAACUGCACCGAAAACCCUGAACUUCUGGCACGUUGCUUUCUCAAGAGAAAAGAAGAUCUUCAGAUGUAUUUUAGAUAUCAUCAGAAUCUGCCCCGAGCCACAGCAAUCUGGCAGGAAUGUGAAGACUGCGCCUACUUUGGGGUCUGUCAGCGCCAGUUGGACCACAGUCUCCCCCUCUUUAAGUAUCUGAGAGGACCCAGUCAGAGGCUGAUGAAAUAUCAGGUGCUGCUGAAGGGUCUGCUGGAUUCUGAGUCUCCUGAAGAUUUGGAAAAAGUGCCAGGCAACCUUGAAGGAGACUCAACUGAGAAUGGGCCAAAGAGGAACAGUGAUUCAGCAUUCUCAGCUGAGUUACAGCAAGCUUUUGCCAUGAUGGAGGAUUUGAUCAAGUCCUGUGAGUUGGCCGUGGACCUGGCAGCAGUCACUGGAUGUCCGGAUACUAUCGGGAAGCUGGGGAAACUGCUGAUACACGACUCUUUCAACAUCUGGACAGUUCACAAAGAUCGCUACAAGAUGAAGGACUUUAUUCGAUUUAAGCCCAGCCAGAGGCAAAUCUACCUCUUUGAGAAGGGACUCAUGUUCUGUAAGAUCCGAAUGGAGCCCGGUGCCCAGGGCCUGUCUCCUCACCACAGCUUUAAGAAGUCUCUCAAGUUGGCGUCACUUUCAAUCCGCCAGCUUGGAAGGGGGAGCAGCAAAAAAUUUGAAAUUGCCAGCCAAAACGGACCUGAAAAAUACAUCCUUCAGGCAGCUUCAAAAGAUAUCAGAGAUUUCUGGUUUUCAACAAUAAAUAAAUUACUGCUGGAACAACAAAACAGCAUGAAAGGCCAAGGGAGUCUACAGUUGGAAGCAAGCACCAGCAAAAGCCAUGGAGUGGAAUUCACGCCAGAGGUGGAACAUGCGGAAAGAACAAGCAGUAAUAAGGAAGACUGCACUGGCACGCGUGGGGUUAAAGGCUGCUCCAGCAGGGGGUCUGUCUCCACGGGAGCCUUUGAUGACUGUGAAGGCACAGAAGAGCUGGAAAAGGAGAUGAGUGCCCUGAGUCUCUCGGGACUCUUCCAGCUGGACGACAGUGCUGACCCCUGUUUCUCCAACAUUCUGGAAAGGGGAGAGAGCGCCUUGGGAGAAAAAGCAGGCCGCAAGGAAGACACGGCAGCAGACACAGCUGAAGAGAGCGUUGGGGUACCUGUCCCUACUGGGGAGUCAGAGACUAGCUUCCGGGCAGAGGCGAUGAGGACCAAGGAAGGAUGCCCCAGGAGCCGCUCUUCAGAGAACUGACACCCAUCCCUGACGCCCCACGGGCCUCCCGCACUGGGGGUGCUGCUGGAGUCCUCAGAAGUCACUGCAAGGUGACCUGGAGCCUCUGGGUCUGAAGCCUCAUUACUGGACCAGGGCUGCCCUCUCUCUCCCUCCGUCAGUGUGAAGAGCUGUCGUCCAAGAGCCCAUGGGGACCCCCACAGCUGCCUCUGCCACAGGGGCCUGAAGAGGUUACCCCACCUCAGGAAUGGAGGCCUCAACCCAGGGUCACUCCUUGUUGGCAUCUUUUGGCGUUGCUCUGGGUAACUGGCUAUUGUGGGAGACAGUUCUGUGAGGAGGCUUAGUGGCACCCCUGGCCUCUAGGCCUGUGUGACCCCCACCCACUCACCCAGCUGUGACAGUGAGAUCCACCUUCACUUAACACCAGGCUUCUCCUGGGUUGGCACUGGGCAGAUGGGUGGAGAACCUCUUGUCGAAACCUUGAGGAGGCACCAGCUGCUGCUCCUCGGAAGGUUCUCUCGUCGGGAAUCUGCAGAAUGUUUCAAAGUCUUCAUGUCGCACUUGACUAUCACUCUGUCUCGAGGUCUCUACACUCCAGCAGUGUUGAUUGUUAGUUAACUUUUGUGAUACCUGCCUUUCAGUUUACUAGCUUUUUAAAGGAAAUUAAUGUUGGCUUUUCUUUUUUAAUAGCACUUUCUUCUUUUUAUUUGAUCAAACAGAGAAAUUGAGAGGGUGGGGAGAUAGGAAGAGCGAAAGAGAGAUGCCCGCAGCUCUGCUUCCCCUCUCCUCUGGAGAAGCUUCUCCGUUGCAGGUACUUGGAAUGGGGUCUUGAGCCCAGGGUAUUAGUUAUUUUCAAGGACUUACUUUUAGUUUCACUAGUUAAAUUUUAGAUUAUUUUCAUUUCCUUAUCAUUUAAUUCUGUACUUUUAAAGUUACCUGUACUAUCUUCACCUACAGUUAUUUUAAGAGUUAUAUAUUUCUAGAUUAACUUGAUUGCUAUUCUUUUUAUUUUUUUGUAUUUAUUUAUUUUCCCUUUUGUUGCCCUUGUUGUUUAAGAUUGUUGUGGUUAUUGAUGUCAUUGUUGUUGGAUAGCACAGAGAGAAAUGGAGAGAGGAGGGGAAGAUAGAGAGGAGUAGAGAAAGACACCUGCAGACCUGCUUCGCCGCUUGUGAAGCGACUCCCCUGCAGGUGGGGAGCCAGGGGUUCGAACCAGGAUCCUUGCGCUUUGCGCCACAUGUGCUUAACCUGCUGUGCCACCGCCAGACUCCCGAUUGCUAUUCUUAAUGAGUGAUCUUUAUAAUGAUUAAUACCUUAUUUAUUUUCAAUUAAUUUGUUUUUAGCUACUGGAGUUAUAUAAAACCCACUGGCAGUUUUUAAAAUGUAGAGUUAUUUAUGUUAGAAUAAACUUUUUUGUUAUAUUCCAGAGGUUUUUUUUUUUUCCUUUUGUUAUUUAGCUUUGGUUACUUAUGUUCACAACAAUUUUAGGUUCUGGUUUACUUUUACAUUCAUUAACUUAUUGUCUCUCUAGUGGUUUUAUUUUGGUUUUAAGUUAUUGCAUUUUUGAGUAUCAUUUUCUGAAUUUUUUAGCUUCUAGAGUCUAAGAUACUUAGAUCUUGAGUUAUUUUCUAUUAUUUAUUUUUGGUUAUUUAUACUCAGGUCAGCAUUUUAAAUGUUCAUUGUCAUAUUUACUUUUCCGAAUACAGUAUUAGAAUUAUAUUGUCUUUCCAUCAGGACCUAACCAAGGGAGAACUACUAUAUCCUCGCUUAUUUUAACAGUGAGGACUUAACAUAAAGAAUUGUUAUUAGAGUUCUUGGUUCUUUUGCUUGUUCAUUUCUAUCUUUACUUGCUUCUUUGGUCUUGGUCUUUCACCACCCUGAACCAACUUUUUCAGAUAGACACAGAGAAAGGAAGAGAAGGAGAGAUACCACAGCACCAAGCUUUCUCCAGUGCAGUGUAGUUGGGCCUUGAACCUUGGUCACACACAUGCUGAAGUAGGCAUCCUCCUCGCUGACCAUUAUUAGAGAUGUUUAAAGAAAAUAAAUAAGUAAAAAUGGGAUUGUGUGGAUGUUUUAACUGCAAGAAAUAGCUACUAGCUCAAAGGCUGGAGGGACCAAGUAAGGAAGCUGAACUUUUCACUACUCGUCUCAUCUCAAUGAACUUUACUCGUCUCAUCUCAAUGAACUUUUCACUACUCGUCUCAUCUUAAUGAACUUUUCACUACUCGUCUCAUCUUAAUGGUAACUGCCCCGAAGAGGGUUAGUGCUGUGAGGAGGGUCUGCUGCCUGGUGGGACAGAUCCCUGGGGUCUCCAGCUUAGGCCCAGAGCUGGACAUGGAGCCUUGAGGCCGAUACAAAGGCUCUUUAGGGCUGUGAGGCAGCCUGGGGAGAAUGGCAAACUUGCAGCUGCUAUACUAAAAGCAGUUACUCUCAGGGUGCAGGUCUGUCGCGGGGGUUGGUGACAGAAGCCCAGGCACGCAACGAAGUCCCCGUGUCCUCUGUCACCCUCUGGUCAGCCUGCCCCAUUGGUGGAGUCUGUCAGGGACGGCUGGCAGGCGUGUCAAGGGGCAGCCUGAGGAGCUGGGAAAACAUAGUUCUUCACCAUCACGCUGGGCUCUGGAGAGGUCUAGUUUCAAAACUGUCAGAGGUGACUGGAUGUUGACUUUUUACUGGUGUGGGUACUGGAUGAGACUCUAGCUUUCUGACAGACAGACAGAUGGAUGGAUGGGAAUGGGUCAGCAUGUGCCUGAAGGGAGACUCUUGUGAAAAUCAUUUCAGAUUGCAAGGACAUAUUAAGUGACUCACUUUGUUCAUAAAGAAGAACUUGGACAGUGUGGUGUGAAAACAAACAAACAAAUAAAAAACAAAUAAA